CAGCGGUGUGGGGAUCUGAUUUAGGGAUCUAGAUGUGCCAACAUGCGCGUUGGAUCCUAAAUCCAAACAAUUGUUGCUGACGUCGCACCCAAUUAUAUUAUAUUAUUUGUCAUUCGUGUGGCGGAGCUCACCCUCACAGGAUUGUGGGAUUUUGGCCUUGGCUGGGUUGUAUUAUAAGAGUCAUGUUGUCUAGAUGUUUUCUAGCGGUUAUGAGCUAUGUUCCUUAGAGCUCACUGCGACGUGCCCUCCGGUAGGUCAAGUACUCAGCUCGCUUUUGAGUAGGUACGACAUAAAACGAAUAUGCGUUUCGCCCACCUUGCUGCGUCAGCUGCCGUGGCCGCCGCUGCGAACGUCGUCGACCUGUCCGAUGUAGGCUGGACACUUACCAACGACGAAAGGGAUAUCUCCGUUCCUGGAAAAGUCCCUUCGCAAGCCCACCUGGAUUUAUUUGCCGCAAAAGUUAUUGAUGACCCGUUAUAUGGGCUGAAUGACUUCGAGCUGCGAUGGGUCGCCUUGGCCGAUUGGAACUACACGGCCCAGGUCUUGGGGCUGUCGAAGGGGGAGGGCUUAAGCACUUUUCUGCUGUUCAACGGCCUCGAUACGUUUGCAAACAUCAGUCUCUGCUCGAAACCUGUUGCGAGCACAAACAACCAAUUCCGCCAAUAUUUCUUUGACGUCACCGAUGUUUUAUCCGGAUGCCAAUGCGAUUCUCCCGAGCUUCUCAUCGAGUUCGGUAGUGCUCCUAGAAUUGCCAACGAGCUUGCAAGUCUACCCGGAGCUCCUACUUGGCCCGGGGAUCCCUCUAAAGGCGUUCCCUUUGCCCUUGAGAUCACAUUUGAGUUCUCGAAUCGCCAGUUCAUCCGAAAGGAGCAAUCGGAUUUCGGUUGGGAUUGGGGCCCGGCGUUUGCGCCGGCAGGUGUUUGGCAGAAGGCUUGGGUCGUGCAACUUCAAGAUGAGGAGGUUCACGUUCGCAACUCGGUACUUGACAUCUAUCGCGAGGGUCAGUUGAACCUCAUCCCCCCCAAUCAGAAUGCCAACUGGGUCUUGAACGCCAGCAUCGACGUGAUUGGUACCGUGCCGCAAGGGGCGAGCAUGAACUACAAGAUUGUCGACCUUGUAACUCAGAAGGAGGUUAGCAGCGGAGAUUUGGCAAACAUCAUGAAUCAUGGAGACGUGAUUAUUGGUACUGCUGUCCUAGGGGCUAAUGAUUAUAAGUUAUGGUGGCCAAACGGACUGGGAGCGCAGAACCUUUACAAUAUCACUAUUGAUAUAGUAUCUAGAUCGGGCAAGACGUUGGCUUCCGUAGAGAAGCGUACCGGAUUCCGCACAGUCGUUCUAAACAUGGGAGAAGUUACAGAGGACGACAUAGCCAAGGGAAUAGCACCGGGUAACUACUGGCAUUUCGAGGUUAAUGGGAAAACAUUCUACGCUAAGGGUAGCAACAUGAUCCCGCCGGAUACCUUCUGGCCACGAGUAACCGCGGAGAAAAUCCGGGCGAUGUUUACUGCCGUGGUCGAUGCAAAUAUGAAUAUGCUUCGUGUCUGGGCUGGCGGCGCGUACCUCCCCGAUUUUAUAUACGACCUCGCAGACGAGAUGGGUAUCCUCCUCUGGUCCGAGUUCCAGUACGGCGAUGCCCUUUAUCCCGUCGACCCAGAAUUUCUCGAGAACGCUCGCGAGGAGGCCGUGUACAACGUCCGCCGCAUUAAUCAUCACCCUUCGCUGGCUGUCUGGGCAGGCAACAAUGAAAUCUUGCUCUUGAUGUUUUAUGUACUCUCAAUCAUCGCACCAGACAAGAUCGACUACUACCAGCAACAAUUCCAGACGCUAUUCAUAGACACGCUGGUCCCUGCUCUCUUUGGAAACUCCCGCAGCAUCAGCUACAUGUCCAGCAGCGCCAACUACGGAUAUCUGUCUCUUAAUUUCAGCGACCCGAUGCCGUACGUCGAUCGAUACAUGAACAUCACGCCGGGACACAUCUACGGCGAUACCGACUACUACAACUACGAUAUCUGGCAGGCGUUCAACAUAUCGUCUUUCCCUAUAGGUCGGUUCUCCAACGAGUUCGGGAUCACAAGCAUGCCGAGCAUCAACUCGUGGAAGAACGCCGUCGACGAGGAGGACCUGUGGUACAACAGCACGACAAUCGUGCUGCGGAACCACCACCAGCCCCCCAAUGGGCUCAACACGAGCAACUUCGACCAGGCGACGCAGGGCAUGAUCGAGAUGACGAACGCGGUGGAGACGUACUACCCGGUUCCCAUGAAGGCGGACCCCGCAGCCAACUUCUCCGCGUGGUGCCACGCGACGCAGGUCUUCCAGGCAGACUUCUACAAGACGCAGAUCGAGUUCUACCGCGUCGGAUCGGGAAAGCCCCAGCGCCAGCUCGGCACCUUGUACUGGCAGCUGCAGGACGUGUGGCAGGCGCCGACGUGGGCGAGCAUCGAGUACGAGGGGCGCUGGAAGGUCCUGCACAACACGGCGAAGGACAUAUUUCAGCCCGUCGUCGUCGCGAACCAGUUCAACGUGACGUCCGGGAUCCUCGAGGUCUACGCCGUGAGCGACCUCUGGGAGGAGAUUAAAGGAAAAGCGAGCCUCGGCUGGGUGGGCUGGGAUGGUAGCAACGUCGAUGCUGCCAUCGAGGCGGGAGACGUGGAUUUUACGAUCGGGCCGCUGAAUACCACGCUGCUCGCGAGGGUGGAUGUGAACAAGUUGAAGGCGGACGCGGCGUUCGACGCUAGUAACGCCGUGCUGGUGGCGAACUUGACGGCCACCGGAACGCUGCCGAACAGCGACGCGACCACGACGUUCACGCACACGAACUACUUCACGCCGACGCCUCUAGCUUCAGCUGCUCUGGUAGAUCCGGGUCUAAGCGUCGAGCACGACAGUAGCGCGGACGAGUUCGUGGUGCGGGCGGACAAGGGGACGAGCAUCUGGACGUGGGUUAGCGUGGGAGUAGACGAUGCGGACGACGUGAUUAUCGCUUUCGACGAGAAUGCGUUCUUGUUGAGGAAGGGCGAGGAGAAGCGCAUUAGAUAUCGGGUCAUUAGUGAUAGUGGACGGAGGUCUGGGUGGAAGAGCAGGGUUGGUGUUAGUAGUAUUUGGGAUCAGACCUUGCCGUAAGGGAUUAGGGAUAGAGUUACAGUAAGCAGAUGACGUUUUUGAUAUUUUAUUUUACGAGUAUAGGUAAUAUACUCUGCCUUCUUAUGCAAAUAAUCUUUAGAUGCUUGAGAGGUAUCUAUAUCUAUAUCUAUGCCUUUUGAUUUAUGAUGAAUAUUUGAGGACUUGUCACAUAGGUACUUGUUAGGAUUCUUUCUGAGCAUAGUUGCAAAUUCUCCCUUGGUUCAGAUAUACCCUAGAUGUAAUUAAGAUAUGUAAGAGCAUUUGAACCACUCAGUUUAAAGAUCUCUACUAUAAAGCCCGGAAAGACUACAGGAUACGGAAAAAAAGGGGGUGAUGCUAACAGCUGUAAGGCACCUUACCGGCCCGACAGCUGUAAAAAAAGGUAACCAUUGCGGGUCUCUCAGAUCUU